CCUGGUGAAUGGUGAGGCAGUGCGGACCAAUGGGAGGGCAGCGGUGAGGAUGCAACAGUGAUCCAGGAAAAAGCAGCCCAUUGUUCCUGGGACGUCGGAGAAGUGUGACCACCCUCCCUCCCGCCGGCUCUGCCCGCUCGAACCAACCGCUCACUGAAGGACUCACAACUCCAGUGACAGGUAUGAGUGGGGGAGUCAAUGUGAAGUCGGCCCCUCGUGGGCCCCCCUCGUCAGGAAUCCCACUCCCACGUAGCCUGUUGCCCUCUUCCCCCAAAGCAGACCCUCGCCGGCGGGCUACUGACCUGCCCAGGCCCUCAAGUCAAACUCCUAAAUACACUCCCACGCACACUCCCACGCACACACCCACUCAAUCUCCUUCUCUUUGCCCACGGAGCUCCAGCAUCCCUGGCCCUUCCUCCAGGGACCUGCUGGGAGAUGCUAGCCUGAAAAGUCAACUCUUCCAGCGAAAGGGAAAUCUAGCCGCUCCCCUGGUGUCCCGCUCUGCCUACAGCAGUCCGCUGACCCAGCGGCGACCACCACCACCACACUCCAAAGACACACUGGAUCUGGGAAAACCUGCUGUGCCUCAAACCUCAACACAGUUACCACAUAAUGGCAAUCACAAUAGAAACACCUUCAGCAAUAAGAACCAAGCAUGGGGAGCCAGUAACCACUGUCCACGGCAACAGUUCAGCACAGGCGACAACUACAACUCUGAAACAGCAGCAGAGGCCAUGCCCAGAAGAGAAGAUCCUCCAGAAAACCAGUCAGCCCAUUCCACCAUGUUAAACAACGGUAACCUCCGCCCCUCUCUCGCUCACACGAUCUAUGAACACACCAUCAGAGGUCGCAGCAACUCCAUGAGCCAGUCCGAUGAGGAGAUGGGGACCUCUGAGGACAGUAGUCCGGCCUCCUCUCCCAGGCCCCUGCCACUGCCGCCCAUCACAUUCACACUGCCGGGGACGUUAAAGAUGGCUGUUGAUACUCAGGAUCAAAACCUGGACAAGGGUGCUGCGUCCACAGAGACACCAAGAGUCAACAUGGCUACUGUGGCCCCCUUCAGCUACAGGCGAGUGGCCCACAUACACACAUCACACACACGCAGGCACGUUAUCAUGACUUCCAUCAUGAGCACCCAUUCUCUUGUCAUCACAUGA